GAGACAACAACCAAAGUGCUUCGGAUCAUCCACCAGCAUCUACACUAUUGGACCACAUGAGCAGUCUUGGAAUUGAGUAGAUCAUACCAUCCUACUUUACGACGCACAUAACAUGCGCGGGCGUCACCACCACCUCCAACCCUCGGCCGAAUCACAAUGAACUCCAAAUCACUGCGUCGCUUGGCCGCCGAUCAUGCCGCCCUACACAGCCAACCUCUCCCGCCCAACUACCUCUUCCCCCUUAACGCCUCCACCUCAGACGACCUAACUCAGCUGGACAUCCUCCUCGCCGGACCGACACACACCCCCUUCGCCGCAGGCGCAUGGAAGCUGCACCUCACCAUCCCUCCCGAGUACCCCCAAGCGCCGCCCACCGCGCACUUUCGCACCCCCAUCUUCCAUCCGAACGUUGAUCCCCAGACCGGAGGCGUGUGCGUCGAGACGCUGAAGAGAGACUGGGAUAGCAAGCUCACGCUGCGUGAUGUGCUUGUUACUAUCAGCUGUCUGCUCAUUCAGCCGAAUCCCGAUAGUGCGCUCAAUGCCGAGGCGGGAGCGCUGAUUCAGGAGGAUUAUGCGGUUUUUGCGAGGCGGGCGGAGUUGAUGACGAGUAUACAUGCUGUUGUGCCGAAGGUGUUGCAGGCUGCUGUUGCUGAGGCACAACGAAGAGGGCAGGAGGAGAAUGCUGGGAAUCAGCUAGGCGCUCCGGGCCGGCGAAGAGCAGUAGCAAGACAGCGAGGUGCAGCGUCACGGCGAUCAGACGGCUCACCCAGCGGUGCGAUCGCUAGGAGACGACAACAGGCUGGCCCGAGUCAGCCAUUCAUCUUGCAGACGCGCAACGAUGAUGUCUUUGGAGACGCGCUGCAAGAGGAAGACCGCAUGGACACGACGGCAGAUGAAGACAGUAGCAUGAUGGAUGUGAACCAGGAAAACGACACGAAUAAAAUGCCUGCGCAACCUGCAACACCGCAAGCAACGACACCCAGAAGACAGAAUGGAGUGGCCAUGCCUCUACGGGAAUUGAUCAUGGAGGAUGUCACCACCGACAGUGAGGACGAAGACAUGGAGCCCGAAUACCCUCCAAGCCCGCGAAAGAGUCCAACGAAAAGUCCGGCCAAGCGAAAACACCAACCGACAAAUGACACACAGCACGCCGAGAGCAGUCGAGAUGCGAUGCACCGCGCGCCCAACCUCACACCACCCAACAAUCCCAACGCGCAGCCCCUAGCGGAAGAUUCUCCCUUCGCCGCGGCUCUCAGCGUAUCCCCGCGCAAAGCACAGAAACGGCCAACAACCCCCACAUCCAACUGGACGACUGCGGCAGCCCCGCUCAUCCCUCGUCUCAAAACCCCGCAAAGCCACGGUGGCAUCUUCAAGACGAUAGCGCCAUCCUCCUCGGAGAAGCGGCGGCAGGAAGCGCGGCGGAAGGAGGAGUUGGACGCCAAGCUUUGGGAGUUGUGUGGGAGAGAUAUCUGCCGGUGGAACAGCGGUGACUUUGAGGGGGAGCCGUUUGGGAUGAAGGCUGGGAGGUGGUGAGGUCAAAUGUGCCGAUGCGUGAUUAAACCAAUCAAGCGCCCGUUGUGCGAUUGGCAAUGUUCAUCUGUGCCCCCACCUCGCCACGUGAACUGUGUGUACCCUACCCAUGUGCUGACGCGCGAACAGUCAAGCUCUCGUGGCAGUGUGGCCUUUGUC